AUGGGUGGCAAGAAAGCAGCAGGUGAAAACUCUAAGAAGGCCGCCGGCAACGCUCGUAAAGCCGAUGCCGCGGCCUCUAAGAAGGCAGUUGAGGACCAAAAGAAGUCCGCGGAAGAGGACAAGCAGUGGUCUAAGGGAUCCAAGAGCAACGCUAAGAAGGAGGAUGCCGAAUCCAAGAAGGCUGAUGCAGCUCGCAAGAAGGCCGAGCGUGAUGCUUUACUAGCCGAGGAGGAAGCUUCACAGCCAUCCAAGGCCAAGGGCGCCAAUGCGAAGACCGCACAAAAGAAGACCCGCGGUCUCGAUCUCUCACAACUGGAUGAGGACACUCCCUCCAGCAAGAAGGGCUCAUCUCUCAGCGCUACCGGUAUCGACAACGCGCUGGACGCCCUGUCUCUGGCCUCGAAAGACACCUCAAAGAUCGACCGUCACCCCGAGCGACGUUUCAAGGCUGCGUACGCCGCAUUCGAAGAACGACGCUUGCCAGAGAUCGAAGAGGAGAACCCCGGCCUCCGUCGCAACCAGCGUAUGGAUCUCUGCAGAAAGGAGUUCGAGAAGAGCGAGGAGAAUCCGUUCAACCAGGUGCACGCCGCUGUCAAUGCCUCCAAGGAAGAAGUUGCUCAGCUGCGCGACAACGAGCGCAAGAAGCUCGAGGGCCGUCUCGGCAGCAAAUAA